UUUUACUCGCACAUGGCUUGCACCGUCUAAGUUGUCUUUUGAAUUUCACAAGGGUGUCGGGACAUUUUGUCUGUAUUUUUUACAUAAUUUUUUAAAGGUUUGAAAUAAAAUCGUUUUUUUUUUGUCAAAUCCUGCAAUAAUGGAUGGAGUUAACGAAUCAGGGGGUCGUGUCACACGAGCCCUUCGCAAGCGAUUAACUUCAGUUGAUAGUGAUAGCUCCAGCAGGCCUGGAACGCCAGUUCAAAUGAAAGUAGCUGCCAGCUCAUCCAAAACUUUUACAGAGUCGCCUUUGAAGCCACGUAUGAGUCGUCGUAACUCCCUAUCGGGAGUAGCAACUCCUGUUAAAACACCCGGCAAGAGAACAGCCGCCAUCACGAGUAUAGCCGAAGACGAAGUGGGCAAAGCUUCUCCGGCAAGGCGAACCACACGUCGUCGCAGCAUCUCUUCGGAAAUAGAGACGCCAGCCCAAACGCUUACAGUAAAGGCGCCGGAUUUUGACACACUAACAGAAGAACACGAAGAUAACAUUAGAAUGACAAGGUCCAAGUCGAAAUCUCCACAACAGAUAAUGUUAGACAAAACUAUGGAGCCUCAAAGUGCAAAUAAAGGUAGAAGAAAGUCUAUGCGAAAUUCCCCUGUGGUUUUUCAAUUGAUUGAAGAGCCUGAGGUGAUAGUUGACAAUUUAAACGAAAAGGGAAAUGCAGAUAAGGCCCAAAAGGUCGAAGAUACAACUGUUAAAUCUGAUAAUAUAAAGCAAACCAGAGCAUCUAUAAAUAAGAAUGAAUCGCUAAAUCCAACAUCUCAAAAUAAUUCAACACAGGGCUGCGAGGAAAGUACUGCAGAAAAAGAAAAUUUGGUUAAUGGAAAUAAUUUCGCAAACGAACUUGUAGAAAAUGCCAAGUUGGCUACACCCAGAAAAAGUCUCUUAGUUAAUAUGGACGAAAAAAAUGUCCAAAGUUCUGCGUUGGAACAUAAACUUGUACUAGAUGAAAACCAUAAUGCGUCGGAAGGGAAUACUAAACCUCAAGAUGAAGUAGAAACAUAUGUGGUUGUAAAGAAUGAAAUUCCAGAUGAAGAUAUCGAGGGCACAGAAACAUUUAGUGGUGAUGUUAUGGAUACACUUGCUUUCGACUCUACUGAGCCAGAGGAAGCUUGUAUGACUCCAUCACCUGCUAAAUUAAUGACAGCCACGUCAAAGCAAGGUUCGAACAAAGAAGCUGAGACUAUUGAGAAGGCUUGUAUAUCUCCAUCACCGUCAAAACGAAAUCCGGCUAAGUCGUUGGCAGCCAUUCCCAUGCAUGACUCAAACAAAACACAAGCGGUAGGAAGACCUUCUGUAGACUCUACGGAAACAAAGAAGGCUUGCAUGACUCCAUCACCGUCCACACUACAAUCGGGUGAAUCUUUGGCAGCCAAUCCAAUGCAAGGUACCAACGAAGAAAAAUCGAUAGGAACACGUGCUGUAGACUCUACUGAACCGAAGGAUGCUUGCAUGACUCCAUCACCGUCUAAACGACUAUCUACUAAACUAAUGACAGCGGCUCAAAUUCAAGAUACUAACAGAGCGGAAACGUUAGGUACACCUGGUACAGACUCUCCUGAAAUGGAGGAUGCUUGCAUGACUCCACCAUUUUCAAAACGAUCAUCUACUAAAGCAAUGGCUCCGAAGGAUGAUUGUAUGACUCCAUCACAGUCUAAACGACUAUGUACUAAACUAAUGACAGCGACUCCAAUGGAAGAUACUAUCAAAGCAAAUCGGCUCGGUACGCCUGCUAUAGACUCUACUGAAAAGGAGGAAGCUUGCAUGACUCCACCACCGUCUAAACGGCAAUCUACUAAAUCAAUGGUAGCCACUCCAUUGCAAGGUUCCAGUAAGACAAAAGCGGUAGAUAAACCUUCUAUGGACUCUACUGAACUGGAGGAGAUCUGUAUGACUCCAACGUUGUCUAAACGGCAAUCUAGUAAAUCAAUGGCAGACAAUCCAUUGCAAGCUUCAAGCAAAGCAAAAGAGACAGUUAUACCCGCUGUAGAUUCUACUGAACCGGAGCAGUUCUGCAUGACACCAUCACCGUCUAAACGAUUAAAUGCCUCAAAUAAAACAAAAGCGGUAGCGUUUAACUCUCAGAUUUCCGAUGAUGAAUGUGAGAAAAGUAUUUAUCCAAAGACACCAGGCAGUUCAAAAACAAAAAGUUUUAUUGAGAUCAAUAGUUCAUGUCAAGAAGAAAACUAUCAUGAUGAUGAUCAUUCCAUCAUGAGUGUUGACACAAGUGACGACGAAAUACCAGAAACUCAACAACCGUCUAAAGAAGCUACAAUAAAACUAACCCGAGUAAAUAUGGAAAAGGAAAUGCUACAAAAUAUUGAUGAGAAUGAAAAGCAAGGCAAAGUUGAAUCAAGUCCAAGUAAACAAAAUAAAGGGAAAUCAUUCCUAGCCAAAGAGCCAAUGGAAGAAAAUGAUGUCAAAGAAAAUGUCAAGACACCAAAAGAACAGAAUUAUGAGGCCAACAUUACAAUUAAUACCUCUGCACCAAGUGCAGACAAGGUCUCAACUGCAACACCCAGUAAAGACGACGAAAUGCCCCAAAAUAAUACAAAUUCCAUUGCCCUAGAUAUUCAAGAAGAAGCAGUAUUCAAACUUAAAUGGUGCAAUCCUAGUGUGGCUGCUACAGGCAAUACAAAACUUGAUACCAUAGCAGAUGAGAAAACUGUUCCAAAGAAUAGUUCAAAACUCUUAACUAAGGAUGAAACAGUGAAGAAGAGGAAGAAACAUUUUCUUAAACGAGCAGAAUGGAAUGAAGAUGAAGAAGAGACUCCAAACGAGGACUCGGAGGACGAAGAAGCCGAAAUUGCUUCAGAAGGAGAGCAACAGGAAAAACCAUAUCACCGCAAACAUGUAUUCCAUGAUGACGAGGCCAUGGAGGUAGACGAUUAUGAGAGCGGUGAUUCUAUGGAUUCGGAAGAACGUCGCGAAAUGUUGGACAAUGAGAUACCAGUCGAUGGAGAAUCGAUUGGUAGCCACACUACAGAUGGUGAAGACGAUGGUGAUGAAGAGGAAAGUGAAAAUGAUUCAUUCAUAGUUUCCGAUGAUGACGACGACGAAGGAGAAGAAUGCCAACAGGAUACCGACAGUGAUGAUGAAAACGAGGAAGAGGAAGAAGAUGUAACGGAAAGCAGAAAGCGAGGAAAAAAGAAAACAUUCAAACGUAUACAACGUAUGAAUGAUAGCUCAUCAUCCUCUGAUGAGCAGGAUGAAGAGGUACAAAAUAAAUCUAGAUCUUCCACAAAAGACCACAAAGAGGAAAGUGAUAACGAAGACAUUGAAAAGUCUUCUAAAGCAAAGGGUCUUGAAAAACGUUCCUCAUUUGACACCUCUAAACUAAGUGAUUCAGCUUUGCGUCUGCAAAGCGAGAAGGAAAGUGACUCCUCACUAGAAGAUACCAACACCAUCGAUAUCAAUAAAUCGAGGCAGGAGAUUUUGCGACUUAACCAAUCGGAUCGCUUUAAUAAAUCAGUUCGAGAUCUAAAUCCCGAUGUGGAGGCCUCCCCUGAAAUUGAGGCGGGAAAUGAAAACGGCAUAGAAGACUCAUCAGGCCAGAGUUCAGAGACUGAUGAGAAGGAAGUUAUCCUAAAUAUAAGCAAAACUAAGAAGAAAUAUGGGGAGAAAUCUUUACGCGACGAAGACAUCGAUUCUGAAGAGCCUUUGGAGAAGGGUACUGCAAACGAAAGCCUACAAAGAAAUAUACGUGUAACAACGGAAGAAGAAGAGGAAGGAGAAAACGAUGAAAAUCCCAGCGAUAAUGAGCGCGAAAAAAUAGAAAGUGAGCUGCAGAGUGAUAAAGAGAACAAUGGUAGUGGCGAACCAAAUAUAUCAAGUAUGAGACUUAAUCGCAGUUUAAAUUUGAGCAAGAAGCGGGAUUCUUUGCAAAAAAUGGCCUUGCAGCGUUCAUUUACUAUAGGUGUGCGUAUUAGCGGCGGUGAAGUAGAUACCGCCGUCUUUGAAACCAAAGCAGCUGCUGAAGAGUCGAAUCCUUCCUCUUCGGCCUCGGCAAAUGAGGACGACACAGAUGAAGCUGUUCUUAGUGCCGAAGAUUUGAACAUUCUGGAAAACAUAAAGCCCAUGCCCUUGGGAAAUCCUUUGGUGCGAACAAAACGCCAAUCUCUAGCCUUGCCCACCAAUCCUGAUAUUGAAAUUGGCACUGCGGUGCCCGCAAAGAAACCAAAACGCAAAAGUUUGGCUCUUCUCUCUGGCAACGAUUUUAAUCCUUCGCAAUCAUUUGUUCACAGUCUGGAGUUGCGCCGGGCUGAACUUGAUCGCCAGAGCUCGAAACGCAAACGGCUGUCCAAGAGUUUCUGUGGAACUUCCGAGGGCCUAGAGACCAGCAUUAUUGAUAUGGACGCCCACCACUGGCGCAAACGUUCUAAAUUGGCCAUUGAUAGCAGUUUUGUAGAUUCUUUGGAGAAUUUAAGCACCCACAAACCAAAAGCUAAGCAUAGCUCAACUCCAAGAGAGAAACCGACCACGAAGCAUGAUAGCAGCAUUAGCCGAAUACUCAGCCGCUGUGAUGAAAUAUUGGAGGCAGCUAAUCGUGCCAAAUUAGAGGCAAAACAGAAUUACAAAAAGAGCAAGGUAAAGCUGUCUAAAAAGACUAAAAAGGCAAUACAACGCCAGUCUUUGUCGCCAGAAUCAAAACAGGAAAAGAUGUUUGCACCAUUAACCAAGGAAUUUAAGAAAAAUGACAAAGUAAAGAGAAGUGCUGCAGUUACUAGAGCUCUAAAGGCUUCAGCAGAUAUAAUUAUGGGCAAACCCAGAAAUGCUCCCUUUUUCGAAGAGGAUGAAGAUAUUGAAAAUGCCAAACGUUUGCCUACGAAUAUUCCCGAAUCCGUUGCUGAAAUUAAAAAUAAACCAAAAAAGGUGAAAAAAGCUCAUGUGGUAGCACAGACCAAACUGUGCCGAAACUAUGCCACAUCUGCUGGUACGGUGGUGGAGACUCUUCGCACCCCCGAAAAGAAGAAGAAACCCAAAAUUAUACAGUUACCUACAGGAAAGGUGUGUGUUGAACCAAUUACCCCAACUAAACAUUCCAUAUAUUCCUGUGAUGGCAUGGUAUUUCAUGAAAGUCCAGUUACACCUGGUGCUCCUGGUUUCAAUAUUGAAUUUUCCGCGCUUGAUACACCAGAAUUUUUACAAAUUAAAGAUCGCAAACGUAAGCGUAACAUGCCUUUGACAGACAGCAAGAAGCACACAACAUUCCCCAAACCCCAGUGGACACAGUCUGGAUUAUUUGUCGAAGAAGAGAUGCCAAGGCCAUCACAUUGUAUGCAAAUUUUAAAGAAGCACAACCAGCAACAUAGCCUUGGAAACUUUAAACAAAACGCCCUGUUUCGUGGUGAUAUUAAGCGAAGUUCCACGCGUGAGAUAUUACAGCUACGAGAGCGUCGCCCUCUACAAACCAACACUGAGGAAGAGGAAGAAGAUGUAACGGAAAGCAGAAAGCGAGGAAAAAAGAAAACAUUCAAACGUAUACAACGUAUGAAUGAUAGCUCAUCAUCCUCUGAUGAGCAGGAUGAAGAGGUACAAAAUAAAUCUAGAUCUUCCACAAAAGACCACAAAGAGGAAAGUGAUAACGAAGACAUUGAAAAGUCUUCUAAAGCAAAGGGUCUUGAAAAACGUUCCUCAUUUGACACCUCUAAACUAAGUGAUUCAGCUUUGCGUCUGCAAAGCGAGAAGGAAAGUGACUCCUCACUAGAAGAUACCAACACCAUCGAUAUCAAUAAAUCGAGGCAGGAGAUUUUGCGACUUAACCAAUCGGAUCGCUUUAAUAAAUCAGUUCGAGAUCUAAAUCCCGAUGUGGAGGCCUCCCCUGAAAUUGAGGCGGGAAAUGAAAACGGCAUAGAAGACUCAUCAGGCCAGAGUUCAGAGACUGAUGAGAAGGAAGUUAUCCUAAAUAUAAGCAAAACUAAGAAGAAAUAUGGGGAGAAAUCUUUACGCGACGAAGACAUCGAUUCUGAAGAGCCUUUGGAGAAGGGUACUGCAAACGAAAGCCUACAAAGAAAUAUACGUGUAACAACGGAAGAAGAAGAGGAAGGAGAAAACGAUGAAAAUCCCAGCGAUAAUGAGCGCGAAAAAAUAGAAAGUGAGCUGCAGAGUGAUAAAGAGAACAAUGGUAGUGGCGAACCAAAUAUAUCAAGUAUGAGACUUAAUCGCAGUUUAAAUUUGAGCAAGAAGCGGGAUUCUUUGCAAAAAAUGGCCUUGCAGCGUUCAUUUACUAUAGGUGUGCGUAUUAGCGGCGGUGAAGUAGAUACCGCCGUCUUUGAAACCAAAGCAGCUGCUGAAGAGUCGAAUCCUUCCUCUUCGGCCUCGGCAAAUGAGGACGACACAGAUGAAGCUGUUCUUAGUGCCGAAGAUUUGAACAUUCUGGAAAACAUAAAGCCCAUGCCCUUGGGAAAUCCUUUGGUGCGAACAAAACGCCAAUCUCUAGCCUUGCCCACCAAUCCUGAUAUUGAAAUUGGCACUGCGGUGCCCGCAAAGAAACCAAAACGCAAAAGUUUGGCUCUUCUCUCUGGCAACGAUUUUAAUCCUUCGCAAUCAUUUGUUCACAGUCUGGAGUUGCGCCGGGCUGAACUUGAUCGCCAGAGCUCGAAACGCAAACGGCUGUCCAAGAGUUUCUGUGGAACUUCCGAGGGCCUAGAGACCAGCAUUAUUGAUAUGGACGCCCACCACUGGCGCAAACGUUCUAAAUUGGCCAUUGAUAGCAGUUUUGUAGAUUCUUUGGAGAAUUUAAGCACCCACAAACCAAAAGCUAAGCAUAGCUCAACUCCAAGAGAGAAACCGACCACGAAGCAUGAUAGCAGCAUUAGCCGAAUACUCAGCCGCUGUGAUGAAAUAUUGGAGGCAGCUAAUCGUGCCAAAUUAGAGGCAAAACAGAAUUACAAAAAGAGCAAGGUAAAGCUGUCUAAAAAGACUAAAAAGGCAAUACAACGCCAGUCUUUGUCGCCAGAAUCAAAACAGGAAAAGAUGUUUGCACCAUUAACCAAGGAAUUUAAGAAAAAUGACAAAGUAAAGAGAAGUGCUGCAGUUACUAGAGCUCUAAAGGCUUCAGCAGAUAUAAUUAUGGGCAAACCCAGAAAUGCUCCCUUUUUCGAAGAGGAUGAAGAUAUUGAAAAUGCCAAACGUUUGCCUACGAAUAUUCCCGAAUCCGUUGCUGAAAUUAAAAAUAAACCAAAAAAGGUGAAAAAAGCUCAUGUGGUAGCACAGACCAAACUGUGCCGAAACUAUGCCACAUCUGCUGGUACGGUGGUGGAGACUCUUCGCACCCCCGAAAAGAAGAAGAAACCCAAAAUUAUACAGUUACCUACAGGAAAGGUGUGUGUUGAACCAAUUACCCCAACUAAACAUUCCAUAUAUUCCUGUGAUGGCAUGGUAUUUCAUGAAAGUCCAGUUACACCUGGUGCUCCUGGUUUCAAUAUUGAAUUUUCCGCGCUUGAUACACCAGAAUUUUUACAAAUUAAAGAUCGCAAACGUAAGCGUAACAUGCCUUUGACAGACAGCAAGAAGCACACAACAUUCCCCAAACCCCAGUGGACACAGUCUGGAUUAUUUGUCGAAGAAGAGAUGCCAAGGCCAUCACAUUGUAUGCAAAUUUUAAAGAAGCACAACCAGCAACAUAGCCUUGGAAACUUUAAACAAAACGCCCUGUUUCGUGGUGAUAUUAAGCGAAGUUCCACGCGUGAGAUAUUACAGCUACGAGAGCGUCGCCCUCUACAAAGCAAUUAUUAGAGAGGAAGGAGCAUUAUAAGACUAGCUUAAGCUAUUAUACAUUAAUAUUGUUAGCCUAUGUCAUUCACCGGUCAACAUUUUAUAAGUCUGAUUGUGUCUCUUGUGGCAUUAUCCCAAAAAAAAACAUCCGAAUCAGUCCCUGUAUAUAUGAUUGAAUUUUUGGCAACAUACAUACAUAAUAACAUUUUGCUACUCAUAAUCAGGCUAAAUAUAUAUCUCAGAAUUACUUUUUGUUUCUUGAUUUAAA